AUGGACCCUGGUAGUAAGCGCGUUUUUACCUGCUCCUGGGAGCACUGUGGCAAGUCUUUCCGUCACAAAUCAGAUCUGAGCCGCCAUUAUCGGAUACACACCAAUGACCGGCCCUAUCAUUGCGAAGUGAAAAAUUGCAACAAGAGAUUCAUACAGCGCAGCACUUUGAAUGUACAUUCCAGGACUCAUACCGGCGAAAGACCAUAUAUCUGUGACCAUGAGGGGUGCCAGAAAGCCUUCGCAGAUUCCUCCACUCGGGCCCGCCAUCGAAUGAUUCACACGGGGGAGCGACCGUACAUCUGCCAAGAGCGGACUUGCGGACGAAGUUUCCGUCGCAAAGCUGCCCUUACGAAGCACCAUUUCAGCUUGCACUCUCUAGCAUCUUUGGAUCAAGUACCUUCGGUGGGCUCGACGUUGGAACAUUCCGACCAGCACGAGACUACCGCGGCCAUGUCAAUCUUUAGUUCGCAAGACCAGAACCCUGUCAUACCGCAGCAUUUCUUUCCGCAAACCGCAUCGCACAGUCUGGGACCUUACUCCUCACUGGGCGCUCAGACGAACUCAGUGCUUGUAUACGAUGGUUAUCUUUCAGGGGUAGCGCAGAGUGUACAGUCUUGGACGAUGAUCCUACAGUCCGCCAAGGAACUUGCACCUCCGCAACAUCACGCCCCUCAGCACUAUCUUACGCGCCAUCUACAGUAUCAACUACAACAGCAGCAGCUAAACCAGUCCAUGGCCAUGAUACCACAGCACUAUCGUGCGGACCACGUAUUGAGGGAAAGGGAUCACGGCUGGGAUACUUUGUACGGACCCCAAAGACAAUGCAGCUCCCAGGUACUUCCUGCGAAUUUGUGA